GGUAUAUAUACCUAGAGCGGGGCGAGGCGUCUUCAUCACAACGCGAGGUCGUCUUACGGUCAGUUCAGCCACAGGUGGAUCUACUUCAACAUGGCUUUGAGAACUGUUAUGGUGCUCGUCCUGAUGGUGGUGGUACUCAUGACAGCUACAAUGGCCUCCCCAGUCCCUGAUCCAAGCUUCAGAAGUUACGGCUACAGAAGUUAUGGUGGUUAUGGUGGUCAUGGUGGCUAUGGUGGUCGCAGCUUCGGACACGGUGGAUUUGGUCACGGAUUCGGACGUGGGUUCGGACAUGGGUUCGGAAAUGGAUUCGGACAUGGGUUCGGGGGUCACAGGUUCGGCGGUUUUGGUUAUGGUCGCUGAUCAUGCCUUACCUGCCCACUGCAAUGAUUACCUGGGCGGUGAACUGUACCUGGCCGGUGUACCUCUGCUCAACGAUUACCUAUAAGUGUUUUAUCUUUUGUACCUUAAAUAAAUGUAAUGUUAAGUUAAAAA